UUUUAAAUUUGUUUCAGUCAAAGUAUAAAAUAAUGAAAUAAAAUGAGUACCCCGAAAAAAUGCCUUAAAGAAAAAAUUGUUUUAUACUAUGAUCAAAUACUUCAGGCUGGAAGUAUCAUUGAAGACAACAGAAGCAUAUGGGACGAGUUUUUUUUAUUGAAGGUAAAUGUAGUUUAUUUGGAAGAAAGGAUUAACAAUCUUAAACCAGAGCAGUUACUUGAAUCGAAGGGCAAAAUCAAUGAGUUAUUUUUGAAAUGUGUGGAUACUUUGAAGGAAGAUAACCAAAUAAAGAUUGUUAAUUCUCUUCUGACAUUGUGUACAUUAAUGAAGUGUGUGUUCAGAAAAAAGUUUUCUGAUUUUGGUUAUGAUGUAAUCAAUAUUUUAAUUGGAUUUGAUCAAGCAGAACAGAUCACUCAGAAACUCUUUGAAACAUCAAGUGCAUUUUUAUUAGGAGAUUACUCUGUGAGUUUAAAGAAUCUUGUAUUAAAAAUGUUGUUGAUAAUUGUAACGGCUGUCGAUAAUGUUAGUUCAAACACAUUUUUAGAAUACUUGAUGAUGUUUAACUUGUUUGAUACCCUUGCUCAGGUUUUAGCUAAUCCUGUUCUUCGUGAAAGACAUGGUUAUGAGGCUGUUAUUAUGCUCUGUAUUCUGUUGAAUUAUAGAAAAAAUGAGUCGGUGAAUCCUUAUCUAAUGAAAUUAUCAUUAUUAGAUGAUGAACUUGCGCUAAAUGGACUUGGACUAGUGAUCUCAAAUAUACUAUCAACAAGUAACAGGAAUUACUACCUUCAAAAGUCAAAAGAACUAGCCAUUACUAGCAGCUUAUUGAGUUCGCUGACAACUUUUGUAGGCAGUAUGUUUGUUUCAAAUGAAGACGAUCUUCUUUCUGUAAGCUCUGAAAAUGAUGCGGUUUUGUUGGCUCUAUAUGAAGCUGUACUUACAAAUAGAAGCUUUUUUACUGUUCUUAGUCAUGUAAUGACACACGAAAAAGAUAUUAAUAGAAAAAUUAAAGAUGAGACUCUCUUGAUUGAAAGAUCAGUUCCAGUUCCUGAAGAUAAAUUACCUGAUGAUCAGUCACGUUCUAUUGAUGAGGAGCAAUCAAGAAACUUAAUGGCCACUCUUUUGCGAUAUUCUUCCAUUGCUAUACAAGACACAAAAACUGAACAUGGCAUCAACACUGCAAGAUUAUGUUUAAGUAUACUCAGCUGUAUUACAGAAGAUCAAUACGCAAAUUCCUUCUUACAUGAUGCUAAUAUGACAUUUUCUGUACCCAUUUAUAAAUUAAAUCUUUAUCAUAGAAAGGUAGGCCUAGAAGUCCCUUUACCAAGACCUUUAGCUUGUGUUUUGCUUGAUUUGAUGGUUGAAUUCACAGUAACCCACAUGAUGAAGCGAUUUCCUAUUCAUCUAUACCAGAAGUGCGUUGGAAUUAUUCACCGUUGUCUGUGUUACCAAAAGAAGUGCCGUAUACGUCUCCAAUAUUGCUGGAAAAGUGUUUGGACAUCUCUGAUGCAUUUAUUAAAGUUUAUUGUGUCUUCUGAAUCUUUUCUUAUUCCAAAGUAUGAUGUGUUUGAUCUUUGUACACAGGUAAUAAAUAUCUUUAACUUGUUCAUAACAUAUGGUGAUACAUUCCUUCCAACACCAACUGCUUACGAUGAUCUGUAUUAUGAAAUCAUACGUGUUCAUCAAAUCUUUGAUAAUCUUUAUACUAUGGCUUUGCGCUACAUUUCAAGUGAAAGUGAGCUAAGGGUAUCAGCCAGCAAGUUAACAAGCUGCUUGGUUAAUGUUAGGGCGAUAAUUCAUCAUUUUUCACCAAAGAUUAACUCAUGGUCACAAAAAAAUAAUAAGUUUUCUUUGUCAGAGGAAGAGGUACUAACAAUAUUAAGAGAAAACUACGAUACACUUACUCUAAAGUUAAUGGAUGGAUUGGAUAGCUAUGUAAAGCGAGUUGCUUCUUCUGAUUUUUCUUUUUUUACUCAAAUGGUUCGAAGUAUAACCAAUCGAGUCCGAAGUAAACUUGAUAUAUCAAACCUUGAACAGCGCAGUGUUUUAGAAGAAUUCUCUUCGAUAAAAUGAAUUUCGUUCUUUAAAUUUGUUAAUAGUCAUAUAUUGAUGUACAUAUCGGUCAUGUUUAUUGCAAAAAUGUAGCAUUAAACAUACUUAAAAUAGUAUUGUAACAUUUGUUUUGCUUUAAAAAAAUAUCAUGAUAACCA